AUGGGCAGGCCUAGGUUGGAACCUGAUUUGGUUAAUUGUUCAGGAACUAAAACAGGAUCUAGAGGUGGUGGAAGGGCUGGUGGAAGGGUUGGUGGAGGAAGGAGUAGAGGUGGUGGUAGGGGCUCUAGUGGAAGAGGCAAUAGAGGUGGUGGUAGGGGAUCUAGUGAAGGAUUCCAAACAGAAUAUGGGAAGGGUACUUCUGAGUUUCCUAAAUGUGAGCCUGAAGAUGUUGCCAUUCCAAAUGUUGAGAGUGAAAAUGAUGCAAGUCCAUAUUUUCAAAAUCAUAUUAGCUUAACAAUUGACAACCUAAGGAAAUCUUUAUACACUACAAAAGAGAUCAUGGACUAUCUUGGACUCAGUGAAGCAGAAUUACAAGAAAUUGAAUGUCUUGGAUUGAGUGAAGCAGAAGUACAACAAAUUGAAGAUGUGGAUGUUGCUAUGUCACAAGAUGUUGGAAUUGCUAGCCAAAUAACAGUUGAAGAACUCCCUACAAAUCAUGUACUUGGAGAUGAGGAAAGGAUGAAUGGGGAGGAUGGCAUAGAUGAGCCAGGGAUGGGUGAGAAAGAGGACUACAAAGAGGAGCAAAGUGAAUCAAGUCAGGAGGAGGAAGCCUUCGGAAAGGAUAAUAGAGAUCCAGUUAAAAAAGGUGGUAGUUGUCAAGAAUGGAAAGGGAAUGAGUUCAUCCAACCCCCUUAG